UGGGAAAUAUGUAUUUUAUAGAUGAGGUUUGAAAGCAAGACGUGCAGGAGCACAACCGAAGGAGCUCGUUCCGUUCAGGUCAAGUUUGAAGUCAUGAACGGCGUGAGCUGUUUCGAGAUCUCGCUGUCUGAAAGCUCUGUCAAAUCUAGCUUGCACUGGAGCACUCUGAAUUCUCCGUCUUCAAAGUAGUGAUCUCCUCGUGCCCUGCACAGAUUGCAGUGUGUGAAGAGAUGAACAUAUGGUCGCAAGCAGCGGAUGGUUGGAGAAGCAACUCAUGUUGCGAAUGCUGGGUAUCCAGCUUCUCUCGGCCCAGUCACGACGUAAGGAACACGAACGAACCUGAGGAAUAGAUGCUGCGAGGAUGCUCCGGGUGAGUUGAAAAAGUCCAGUUUGCUCACAGCAGAAAGACUUAAGUAUCGUGAUGAUGUGCUGGAGGAUAAUCUGGGCGCAACAGUUUGCGCGGGCGUGUCCAAGUUCUGCUGCCAUUCUGGCCGGAGGAAGAGACGCGUCUGCGAGACAAAUGCGCUGAUGUCUGCCAUAACCACGAAACUGUACAUCCAAGCUCGUAGACUACAAUGAUUGCUGCAGGAGACAGCUGCUCCGAGAUCGAAAAGCGAUAGAUUCAAAGACAUUUGGCUUCCGUCGAUUGAGAUUUCCGGGAGAGAGUGACGCGGAGACAAGAUGACCAGCGUUUACUCGGGUCGCGAUGCUCCUAAUCCGACUGGCAGUAAAGUGCUGACAGUAUUCACAAUCCUGACUUUGCUUUGCGCAGUAUCUGUGUUGGUCACUUGGAGUGUGAGCAUCCCUCCCGUCCUUAUCCAGGGAUUCUCCUUUGGAUCCAAUUCAGACGAAUCCGCUCGUGGGAAUUCUAGCAGUCUAAAGGAAGCGGAUCCGUUCAAUGACUGGACUCAGCGAUCGAAGUUCUGGUGGAGAAACCAUUCCCUGGAUCCGAACUGGAGCGGACGACAGCGGUUGCACGACGAGCUGAAAGAUGGCGUUCUCUGGUUCGACCAGGAUCUGGAGGACUACUUCAUCUCCAAGCUCGAGGCGAAUCAAAUGCCUUCCAACUGCAGCGCAAACUUUUGGAUCGCUCACCGCACGCCGGAUUCAGGUCUGCUCUCAUGCGUGCAUACGUUCAUCCCCGUGCUCUUGAUGGGGAUGGUGAAAGGGGAGGGCUACACCGUCGUCCCGAUUGCUCAGACCACCAUUCAAUCUAAUCUCUCCACGUUCAUCGGCUGUGGUGAUCAGAACGACAAGCACGUCGGAUGCUUCUUCAACGUCACGAGCUGCAGUCGCAACGAUGAUCCGAUCAGGAACGAACAGAUUGUUCAUAAGAGUUUGGGAUUCAGAGGAGCGAGUUGGGACUCUCUGCUCAAGACUCAAGUCACCGGGCAAGGAGGCAUGACCAUCCUCCGGGACUUUCUGUACAGGAACGAGAAAGCCAAGGAUCCGUGGAGAGCACCGAAAACGAGGCUGUGGAAAGAACUGCUGGAGCACGGGUCGGCAGGAGUGCACAACAGAACGUCGAAGGUCGCCAAGAGUGCUCUGCGCGACGGCCAAGUUGAUUUCGCACUGAUGGCGAUGGUGAGCGCGUGGAUGAUGAGCAGAACCUCGACAAGCGUCAAGAACAUCGCCCACCAUAUCAUGGCCAAGUAUGCCGAUUCCAAUGGCCGGCCUCUGUGGAGACCGCCUGUCAUCGCCAUGCACAUCCGACAGACCGACAAGCGGAUGGAGGAUCCGUAUUAUCGAGCCCAUGGCAAGUACAGGGGAGUGAGGGAUUACGUCGAUCUUAUGAAGACGAUGGAGACAAAGCAUGCCUUCCAAUGGGCGUCGGUGUUCAUCAUCUCCGACUCGGGAACUGCCAUCGAUUCGUUUGCCAGGGUCCUCAAUGGAGUGGGCCUGGGCAGAGCUCCUGAUUCCAUGAACGGCAGAGACGGGAAGCGAUUCAUCAUGUAUGACUGGAGCUGGGACGACAAACUCAUCGAGCGAACGGGAGGGCAUUUGGCGAUCCCUCCGCCCAUGAAGUUCGCAGCGCAGGAGCAUUUUCUGGCCACUCUGUACAUUAUACACAAGAUCGCAGACUACGCGUACGUUUCAUACAGCUCCAAUGUAGGAAGGUUCGUCGGUGAGCUCGUCGGGGCAAGACAUAAGUUGGCCAUGGAACUUCCACUGGGCCCAAAUGCUUAUUCUUGGGAUUCUGCAAUCGGAUUCUAAGCUGUUGUUCCACCCCACCUUCAUAAUGGGAAAAGACUCGAGGCAAGAAUAUUGUGUUGGCCUCUGGACUUUGGACUCGGUCACUCGUCUCGUUUUCUCUCUUUCUUGUAUCUCGACCACGCCCUCGCAGACUGCAGCAUCGACUGAAAUUGUGAAUCUGCUCGUCGAGUGUCGAAUGCGUCGCAAUUAGUUGUUACCCCAGACCACCACGGAACAUCUCACGAGCCUCGAAACGAAAAUCACUCGACGGGCUCAGCGGAAUGGAACUGCACAUGGUUCCGGUGUGGACCUCGAGAGGACGAGUGCCACGGUAGAAUUGUUCAUAGCGUUGAUCCUCGGUCUCCAGAUCGAAAUCUCUCGAUCAACUCUUGAAUCACUCACGCGAUACCAUCGAGUAAAUUGUCUUCGUCAUUCAUGACUUUGCAUCGAGAGUGUUCAGGACUGUCAGUCAGUCAGUGGCUCGUCACUGGCCGGAGUAGUCAACGAUGAGGAGAGACAUAAUUCCCAAACACUUUAUUAUUUGAUCAUCCUCGUCUAUCCUGAACCACAGCCCUUCAUUCUUCAUCGAAAUAGAAACUAGGCUUAAUGAUUUUUCUUGGGACGAAGAUUAUGCAAGCCUCGAUUUUGUAUUCCGUCAUCUUCGUACUCGAGUGAUAGAAAGAGCAGGGAGUGUAUUUUCAUUACCUUACAAAGAGGACAGAUUAAUACUUACAAGACAGUAAUCAUUGAUAAGUAGAUCCUUUAAUAUUGAUAAUUAGAUUUUGUAGUUGUUUUAAGAUCUGUUUUCAUUAUGGUACUUUAGAGCCUAAUC